AUGCUAUCGGGAACCAGGAGUAGGUCAUCCACGAAGGCGAGAAAAGGCACACCACGCCCGCCCGCGCUAUCUCAAUCUGUGUACUGCGGCCGACGCUACACGGGACCUCACACCACUUUUUUUUUUGAAAUAACUAAUGACGAGUACCUGCUGCUAAGUGUUUUGAUCUUUUGUAAUCCAGCACUACUGCAACUUUCUGAAAACGGAAAGCUCUUGCUAACCAUCUAUCGAAACUUGUAUUGCUCUGCACUUCUUCAACAUUGCCUAUUAAAUAAUCAAAAAUCGGGACCAGCUCGUUUUACUGAGCUACUCGGAGUUUAUCAAGCUAUUGAAGUUCAUUAUAGUGAUCUCGCAAAUUAUAUUGUCUUGUUUCAAUUGAAUCGGCCAAAAGUGAACCAGAUUGUAAAAAAUUGUUUUGAAGCUGUAACCUGAGUUAAAUACUUUUAAGCGCCAGUUCAAUAAUAUU